CCAACAGACAACUGCCAGCGGGAGGAGAGACGAGAGAUCUCGUUAAUUUCCCCCCUUUUGAUUCUCUGUCGCAAAUCAUAAAUUCAAUUCAACAAUUCGAAACCUCCGUUACUGAUUUCAAGCUUCAGUAACAAUGGCGACCAGAUACUGGAUAGCUUCUCUUCCUGUUCAGAGCUCUGCUACUUCUCUAUGGAGUCGUUUACAAGAAUCCAUCUCCAAAAACUCAUUCGACACUCCUCUCUACAGGUUUAAUAUCCCAAAUCUUCGUGUUGGAACCCUUGAUUCGCUUUUAGCCCUCAGCGAUGACUUGAUCAAGUCGAAUACCUUCAUUGAAACGGCUUCUCAUAAGAUACGACGUCAGAUUGAAGAUUUGGAGAAGGUAUCGGGAAUUCUUAGUAGUUCCUUGACCAUUGAUGGGGUUCCGGUGGAUUCAUAUCUUACAAAAUUUGUGUGGGAUGAGGCCAAGUAUCCAACCAUGGCUCCUCUUAAGGAGAUUGUGGAUGGUAUUCAUCUGCAGGUAGCUAAGAUAGACGAUGAUCUUAAGGUUCGUAUUGCUGAGUAUAACAAUGUUCGCAGUCAACUGAAUGCAAUUAACAGAAAGCAGACUGGAAGCUUAGCUGUUCGUGAUCUGUCCGAUUUAGUGACACCCGAGGAUCUCGUCACUUCAGAGCAUUUGAUUACGCUCAUUGCUGUUGUCCCCAAGUAUUCACAGAAGGAUUGGUUGUCAUGUUAUGAGACACUAACAACUUAUGUGGUCCCCAGAUCCUCCAAGAACCUACAUGAGGACAAUGAGUAUGCCAUCUAUACUGUGACAUUAUUCAACCGUGAUGCUGAUAAUUUUCGAACCAAGGCACGUGAAAGAGGGUUUCAAAUUCGGGAUUUCGAAUAUAGUUCAGAGACUCAAGAGAACCGGAAACAGGAGCUUGAAAAACUUGUGCAAGACCAAGAAUCCCUGAGAAGCUCUCUUUUGCAAUGGUGUUAUACCAGUUAUGGAGAGGUUUUCACUUCGUGGAUGCACUUUUGUGCUGUACGUUUAUUUUCUGAGAGCAUUUUGAGAUACGGAUUGCCACCUUCAUUUCUGUCUGUUGUGCUAUCGCCGUCUGUGAAGAGCGAGAAGAAAGUGCGUUCAAUCCUAGAAAGUCUUUGCGACAGUUCUAACAGCACGUUCUGGAAAACUGAAGACGAUGGAAACAUGGGCAGCUUGGGUGGUGAUGCCGACACUCAUCCAUACGUCUCCUUCACCAUUAAUCUUAUAUGAUCCUAGUGUUGUGCUGCUUCGAUUCAUCUCAAUAAUUUUCCGAGCUUAUAACCUCUGUAUUUUAUGCUGUAUUUACCCGAUUUUUAGUUCGCUUAUUUAUUCAGUCAUGUAAUUUGCUUGAUGCCGAACCUUUUUGGUUCUUUGUUUUGCUUUCAAUUAUUGUGUUGCGGCAUUAUUUGUCUUCUGGGUCGGAAGCUGCGUUUGCCCGUUUGUUUUGCUAUUUCGAGCAGGACUCGAAACGGGCACUCGGUUGUUGGUUAGAUUUGGAAAGUUUAUGUAAUAAUCCUUGAUUUGGUUAUGUUUGAAAACCAUGUAAAAUUUGAACUGGGAAUAAGGUUUUUGGUUAUA